AUGGCUCCUCGAAUAGCUAUACCUCCCGGCGAGACUUGGUUUGAUAUGCACAAUACCGAUUUUCCAGACGUUUCAGUCUCUGCUGAUGGAGAGGUGUCGACAACAGAAUUUCUUUCCGCAACUGAAGCGACAACAACCAUAUUCGACAUGCUUGGAUCUGCGGUAUUCACACCUAUCAAGAAUGACAUGCUCUUCAACGUAGGGCGGGUGCGGUCACGGCAAGCCCAAGAUCCAAGGAGCUCAGAGAUGUUGCAGGGCCUAGUCAAGAAUGAACUCGCUACCCGUGCUCACUCUGCAACUGCAGGGUUGACAUGGUUGGUCCGGGGUCUAGACUUCUUGAGCCACGCCCUACGGACUGACCUCACGCAAAACAAUGGCAUUUCAGCUACGGAGAAAUUUCCAAAGAUAGACUUGAGAGAGUCAUUCCGAGACAGCUAUAAGGUCACACUGUCACCUUAUCAUACAGCUAUGAUUAGACCCAUCUUCCGAGCAGCAAUGGGUGCAUCACCUCGACGCAAAGACCUGUACAUCCGGCUGAGUGGAAAGGGAACUGAUCCAGAAAUGGCUGUCCAGGCGAUGGAGAAAUGGGUUAUAGCAGUAGAGACAAUCGUGACAAUUUUGAAAGAUUUUCUAGCAAGUGACGAGGUUAAAGCGUCACUACCAGAGAGCAUACAGUAG